CGUUCCCGGUCCCUCCCACGAGGGGGCGGGCUGAGGUCAAAUCUCCCGCCGGUCCCACAGCCGCACGCUGAUUGGCUCCGGGCCGGCGGCGCCGGCUCCCGAUUGGCCCGAGCUCCGGGGAUAAAGAAGCACGGCGCGGGAACCGGCGUGAGCCUGCAGGGCGGCGGCAGCGGCGGCGGGUCCUCGAUUUGUGAUCUCCCUGAAGGCACCAUGAGCUGCAUCAACAUGCCCACCGUGCUGCCCGGCUCCCCCAGCAAGACCCGGGGGCAGAUCCAGGUGAUUCUCGGACCCAUGUUCUCAGGAAAAAGUACUGAGCUGAUGAGACGGGUCCGUCGCUUCCAGAUUGCCCAGUACAAGUGCCUGGUGAUCAAAUAUGCCAAAGACACGCGUUACAGCAGCAACUUCUCCACGCAUGACCGGAACACCAUGGAGGCCUUGCCAGCCUGCGUGCUCCGGGAUGUAGCCCAGGAGGCCCUGGGCGUGGCUGUUAUAGGCAUCGACGAAGGCCAGUUUUUCCCCGACAUCGUGGAGUUCAGCGAGACCAUGGCCAAUGCCGGGAAGACCGUCAUUGUGGCUGCACUGGAUGGGACCUUCCAGAGGAAGGCUUUCGGGACCAUCCUGAACCUGGUGCCCCUGGCCGAGAGCGUGGUGAAGCUGACGGCAGUGUGCAUGGAGUGCUUCCGAGAGGCCGCCUACACCAAGAGGCUGGGCGUGGAGAAAGAGGUCGAGGUGAUAGGAGGAGCGGACAAGUACCACUCCGUGUGCCGCCUCUGCUACUUCAAGAAGGCCUCGGGUCAGCCUGCCGGGCUGGACAGCAAAGAGAAUAAAGAGAACUGCCCGGUGCGGGGGAAGCCUGGCGAGGCCGUGGGAGCCAGGAAGCUAUUUGCUCCUCAUCACAUCCUGCAGUGCAGCCCGGCCAACUGAGGCACAGGCCCCACCCCCAGGAUGGGUGCUGACAGGCCACCCGCUCCCGGGCCUGCUGCUGCCCCCCGGCGGACACCUGCCCGCUGCGCGCUGCCUGGCCUUCUCGGAGGAGGAAGCAGGGGUGGGGGUGUGAAGUUUCACCAGCGCUCCUUCCCCAGCCAAGGGCCA